AAACUUGAGGCCUUACAACAGCCCAACCCUGUUAACCCUAAACCCCCAAAUCUUUAUUUCCCCGCUUCAAUCUCUCUGCGCCUCUCCAUCAAAACUACAAAAAUCUUGUCUAUUUCUCAAUCUUUCUUGAUCAUCUUCUUCAUCUGUUAUACCCUAAUUUCACAGAUCGAGCGUUCUCACCAAGCCAUCACUCCGUCCAAUAGUGUUAGCUUGAAGCCGUGGAUGUUUGAGCUGCCAUAAUUAUGAAAGCCCGUGCAUGCAUUCGUCUCAUUACUUAUCCAGAUGAGCUUGUAAAUGGAGAGGCGAUUUAUGUCUCCUCAAAUUCUCUCCCGAUAAAGGCUUCACACUUUGAACCUGCUGGUCAUUCCUUUCAUGAUGUUGCACUUAAGCUCCGGGGAUAUUUUGAGGAGGAAAAUGUAGCAGAUGAUAACGAAAAAUUGCCUAAAGACAAAGAGCAUGAGUAUAUGCAAUCAUCGGAUUCAUAUAGCAGCAAAGGUAAAAAGAAGUCAGGUGAUGGGGCGAACCAACAAGAUCAUUAUGCAUUAUUGGGUUUGGGUCAUUUAAGGUAUCUUGCAACCGAAGAGCAAAUUAGGAAGAGCUACCGUGAGACUGCUUUAAAGCAUCAUCCUGACAAGCAGGCUGCUCUUCUUCUUGGGGAGGAAACCGAAGCUGCUAAACAAGCAAAGAAAGAUGAAAUAGAGAACCAUUUCAAGGCCAUUCAAGAAGCAUAUGAGGUGUUGAUUGAUCCUGUGAGGAGAAGAAUUUACGACUCCACUGAUGAGUUUGAUGAUGAGAUUCCUACCGACUGUUCUCCACAAGACUUCUUCAAGGUAUUUGGACCAGCUUUUAUGAGGAAUGGGCGCUGGUCGGUUAUUCAACCUAUCCCUUCACUUGGGGACGACAAUACCUCACUUAAAGAUGUUGAUGCAUUUUAUGAUUUUUGGUACGGUUUCAAAAGUUGGAGAGAGUUCCCACAUGCUGAUGAGUUUGAUCUUGAGCAAGCGGAAUCACGUGACCAUAAAAGGUGGAUGGAGAGGCAGAAUGCAAAACUAUCGGAGAAGGCAAGGAAGGAGGAGCAUGCAAGGAUACGUUCUCUUGUCGACAAUGCUUAUAAACGAGACCCGAGAGUUUUGAGGAGAAAGGAGACGCUAAAAGCAGAGAAACAGAAGAAAAAAGAGGCCAAGUUUAUGGCAAAGAAACAGCAGGAGGAGGAAGCUGCUCGAGUUGCCGAAGAAAAUAGGCGCAAGAAAGAAGAAGAGGACAAGCAGGCUGCGGAGGCUGCUUCACAACAGAAGAAAGUGAAAGAAAAGGAGAAAAAACUUUUGCGAAAAGAACGAACUCGUCUUCGAACUCUCUCGACUGCGGUUGUUUCCGAGCGUUUGCUUAAUCUUAGCAAAGAUGAUGUGGAAAGUAUCUGCAUGGCACUUGAUACAUUACAAUUAAGAAACUUAUGCGACAAUAUGGAAGGAAAGGAAGGGCAUAAUCAAGCUGAACUUCUGAAGGAGGCCCUUAGUUUGGACCAUUCUGAGAAAGAUCAUGUGGUAAAGAUCAGUCAACAAAAUGGAACUGUAAAACCGAACGGAAAUGUUCCUAAACCUAAAAGUACUCCUGAGAAAAAAGAGAAACCUUGGGGGAAAGAAGAGAUCGAGCUCUUGAGGAAAGGGAUAGUGAAGUAUCCUAAAGGUACAUCUCGCCGAUGGGAGGUCAUAUCGGAGUACAUUGGCACCGGGCGGUCCGUGGAGGAGAUUCUAAAAGCAACCAAAACCGUUCUUUUGCAGAAACCUGACUCAUCGAAAGCAUUUGAUUCGUUUCUUGAAAAGCGAAAACCUGCAGUUUCAAUUUCGUCCCCUCUUACAACCAGGGAGGAAGUUGAGGGGGUUCCACUUACUUCCAUGCCCACUGAGCCAAACGGUGUCUCUUCCAGUCCUGCUCAAACCGAAGGGGUUUCAUCCAAACCGAGCCAAGAUGCAGAGAAAGUGGAGCCAGCAGCCUCUUCAAGUUCAGACCAAGAUGUAUGGUCUGCUGUGCAGGAAACAGCACUGGUUCAAGCUUUAAAGACAUUCCCAAAAGAAACCAACCAGCGCUGGGAACGCGUUGCUGCUGCUGUUCCGGGGAAAACAGUUAACCAAUGCAAGAAGCAAUUCACAUUGCUCAAAGAGAAGUUCAGAAACAAGAAAAAGUAAUCGCUCGGUUUUCUGUGAGUAUCGAAGAUUGCAAAUGGUUAAGUUCGUCAUUUUUGCCAAUACCCGAGUUGUGAAGUAGCAUCUAAUUGAACUUAGAUGCCACAAUGCAGAUGUGAAGAGAUAUUUGGCUGGGCACACACAUUGCUGACUUACUGGAGGUAUGAAUGUUCCAUAUUCUUUUGGAUAGAGUAGUAAUGGGUUUUUGUCAUUGGUUAGCCAUAACAAUAAGUUGGUUCCAUUCUACUCCAUCCCCCUCCAUCCCCCCACCCCCAGCUCUAAAACUCAUUUUUAUGAAAUAUGAGAAGAAUCUAUACUGUCUAUGAUUUCUAAUGUAAGGCUAGACAUAUGUCUAAGUAUGCUACUAUCUUGAUUUGCUAAUAUUGUGUUUCCCAUGGUUAUCAUUUGAAA